AUGGUGCAGAAGAAAACCGCCGAGACGGAGAGCUUCCGCCGCUCGUACAAGGGGGUGAAUCCUUUCGAACUGGCCUUCUGCCUAGAACAGGUCCUCCUCGAGGACCAGGAUGGGGACACCGACUUCAGCCGAGCCCGCCCAGAUGUGCCUGCGAGCCAGCCCAUCGACAUCCCAAAUGCCAAGAAGAGGGGGAAGAAGAAGAAGAGGAGGUGCCGGGCCACCGACAGCUUCUCAGGACGCUUUGAAGAUGUGUACCAGCUGCAAGAGGACGUGCUAGGUGAGGGCGCACACGCCCGAGUGCAGACCUGUAUCAACCUCAUCACCAACCAGGAGUAUGCAGUCAAGAUCAUUGAGAAGCAUCCGGGGCACAGCCGGGGCAGGGUAUUGCGGGAAGUGGAGAUGCUGUACCAGUGCCAAGGACACAGGAAUGUUCUGGAACUGAUAGAGUUCUUCGAGGAGGAAGACCGCUUCUGCCUGGUGUUUGAAAAGAUGCGUGGAGGCUCCAUCCUGAACCAGAUCCACCAGCGUGGGCACUUCAACGAGCUGGAGGCCAGCAUGGUGGUGCAGGACGUGGCCAGUGCCCUGGACUUUCUGCACAACAAAGGCAUGGCCCACCGGGACCUCAAGCCCGAAAACAUCCUGUGUGUGCACCCCAACCAGGUCUCCCCCGUGAAGAUCUGUGACUUUGACCUGGGCAGUGGCAUCAAGCUCAACGGGGACUGCUCCCCCAUCUCCACGCCGGAGCUCCUCACCCCGUGCGGCUCGGCCGAGUACAUGGCCCCCGAGGUGGUGGAGGCCUUCAGCGAGGAGGCCAGCAUCUACGACAAGCGCUGUGACCUGUGGAGCCUGGGCGUCAUCCUCUACAUCCUGCUCAGCGGCUACCCGCCCUUCGUGGGCCAUUGUGGCAGCGACUGCGGCUGGGACCGCGGAGAGUCCUGCCCGGCCUGCCAGAGCAUGCUGUUUGAGAGCAUCCAAGAGGGCAAGUACGAAUUCCCAGACAAGGACUGGGCCCACAUCUCCUUCGCCGCCAAAGACCUCAUCUCUAAGCUCCUUGUGCGUGAUGCCAAGCAGAGGCUGAGUGCUGCCCAGGUCCUGCAGCACCCCUGGGUGCAGGGGAGCGCUCCAGAGAACACGCUGCCCACGCCCAUGGUCCUGCAGAGGAACAGCUGUGCCAAAGACCUGACAUCCUUCGCAGCCGAGGCCAUUGCCAUGAACAGGCAGCUGGCCCUACGCGAGGAGGACUCAGACGCGGAUGGCGAGGCGGGGCCUGGCAUGCCCGUCCUCAUCCAAGCUACCUCACGCUGCCUACAGCUGUCACCGCCUACCCAGUCGCAGCUGGCCCAGCGACGCCAGAGGGCCAGCCUGUCCCGGGGAGCAGCGCCCAUGGUCCUGGUGGGCGAGCGGGCUUGA